AUGAAGUCAGAUGGGCUAAUUGGUUUUGCAUUUGACAGCCUAAGUGAUGGUGUCAGCUCUUUGCUUACCUCAUUGAAAACCCAAGGAAAAAUAAAAAAUAGGCAAUUCGCUAUUUAUUUGAGUGAAGUCAACAGCUAUUCAGAUUUGCCUAAUUUAGGGAGUUCAAAUUUGAUGAUUGAUGGGUAUAACUUGACAGCUUAUUCCUCAGAAAAUAGCUUUACUUAUGUAAGCUUAGCCAAUAGUGACGGCUACUGGGAAAUCCCUUGUGAUGCUGCUUAUUUUGAUGGUAAAACAUAUACUGGCAGCCCUACUGCUAUUAUUGAUACAGGGACUAGCGUUAUUAUUGGCCCCAAAAAUGACGUAAACAACAUUUUACUAGGUUUAUAUAAUAAUCAUGGAUGCAAACUCGACUCAUCAAGUGAGCUUUACUGCUCAUGUACAGGAACUUACCCUAACAUGACUUUUCAGUUUUCUGGGCAUAAUUUCACUCUUCAGCCAAGCGAUUAUUUUGAAGUUUAUGAAGGUUAUUGCUUCCCAGCUCUUUACUAUAGCAGCCAACUUAGCACUUGACUGCUUGGUGACAGCUUUAUAAGAAGAUUUUAUAUUAAUUUUGACAUUGAUGGAAUGAGGAUGGGCUUUGCGCAGGUUGGAAUAAGUACAUCAGAAAGUGCAAGUUCUUCAACUGGCAGUACAACCAGCGGAUCCUCAGAAAGUGGUGGAAGCUCUUCAUCAGCCAAUAGCACAUCUUCAAGUUCUGGAUCUUCAAAUAAUAGUACAUCAACAAGCUCCAAUAGCACGAGCACAAGCUCUUCAGGCUCGGGCACUAGUUCCAAUAGCACAAGCACAAGUACAUCAAGCUCUAAUAGCUCUAGCAGCUCAUCUUCUAGUUCUAGUAGUCUUAAUGGCAGUAGCAGCAGCUCAGAGAGCUUUGAAACAUGAAAAAUUGUUUUAAUUGUUGUGUUACCAACAGCCUUUUUUAUUAUUGUUUUCGUUAUAAGCGCGGUUAUUAUAGCGAAAAUAAUAAAAAAGAGAAAGCAAAAAGGAUCUGAGAUUAAGUUAAGUGGGAAUAUCGAGGUUAAAGUAGAAGACGCAAAAAUAGAAAACAAAGAUAUAUCCAAAAAGCAUACAAUGGAGAAGUAUGAAGAAGAUGUGGUAAGGCAAGAAUUGAAUAGAAACCAUGGGUAA